AUGAGUGCCUUGACCUUGAUCCUCGUGGGGCUUGCUCUGAGGUUUAGGGCCACCACUGCUAAGCCAGAGCAUGACAAUUCCUGCUCUGAGAACCAAGUGGGUUUCAGAGAUGCUUGCUAUGAAUUUGUGCCUCUCAGCCGCACCUUCUAUGGUGCCCAGAGCUGGUGUGAGGGCCAAGGAGGCCAUUUGGUCUUUAUUCGUGAUGAAAGCACCCAGCAAUUUCUGCAGAAGCACAUUUCCCAAGACAGGGAAUGGUGGAUCGGACUCACAGGGAAUUUGGCUCAGAAGGCAACCACGCAAGGGCCCGUGAUCUGGCUGGACACCUCAAACGUGAGCUACAGCCACUGGCACCAAGGGCAGGAUGCUUCUGCUCCCAAGCUCUGCGGCUACAUGGGGAGAGACACUUCCUUCGGGUGGGUGGCCUCGGACAACUGCACACAGGAGUUCGCCUUCAUCUGCGAGUUUGGUGUCGGUCAGACCCUGGCCUGUGAGGGCCUCAAUGCGACCAUGCACUGCGGCUCGGGGGAUGUCAUCCAGAUCCAGGAUGCUUUCUAUGGCCGCCAGACUCCCCAUUAUUGCACUAAGGACGCCGGGCACCCCUCAUACCUGGAGGAGGCAUGCAGCUGGGUCAGCGUCAAGGAUGAAGUGGCAGGCCAGUGCCAGGGGCUGCAGGCCUGCCAGGUGGCAGCAGACGGGACCUACUUUGGAGACUUGUGUCCCGGCCGGGGCAGCUACCUGUGGGUGCAGCACCAGUGCCAGGAAGGCCUGCAUCUAACGGUGUCCAAUGAGAGUUUCACCUUUGACAAUGUCACCGUCUCCCUGACAUGGCUCCUCUCUCCUUACAUCGGAAACCUGUCCUGUAUCAUCAAUAUGGGAGAUGGCCACACUUUUGACCCCUACUAUCCUCCCAGCUUGUCCAGCAGCGUGAGCCACCAGUUCACAACCCCUGGGGAAUUCACCGUGUUCGCUGAGUGUACGACCAGUGAGUGGCACGUGACGGCUCAGAAGCAAGUGACAAUGCGAGACAGAAUGGAGAGGCUCCGUGUGACUGGGUGCUCUGGUCUGUGCACGUCAGGCACCAGCCCUCUGUGCCAGGCAGUCUUCGGGGACCCUCUGUGGAUUCAGGUGGAGCUUGAUGGAGGAACAGGGGUGACCUACACUGUGCUAUCGGGUAACACCUCCCUGGCGGAGUUCACCACGCAGAGGGGCCCGCUCCCCUGCAAUCUGACCCUGGACAGAACAGUCCAGCAACAGACAGGCCCUGGGAUGCACCAGUUAGAGAUCCGAGCCACCAGCAACACGACCGCCUCUGCCCCCUCCAGAAACAUCACCGUCCACUUCGUGGAGCCUCUGUCAGGGCUGCAGGCCUCUUGGGCUUCUGACCACUUGGAGCUUGGACAGGACCUACUGGUCAAUGUCUCGGUGGCUCAUGGCAUCCCAGAGGGACUGACUUUUGAGGUGGCAGGACUUGGUGCCACCUUCUCCCAUGAGGAAGAGAGCCUUGGAGGGCCAUUUGGGACUUACCGCGUGGCAGUUCCUUGUGCAGCUCCUUCCAGUCUCCAAGAACCAUCUGAAACAAAGGUUCCGGAAAACAACAGAGAUAAAGGUGCGGAGCUGUACGUGGAGCCUGGCCGGUACCUGGAUCCUUUCACAGCAGUGACUCUGGGCUGGCCCGACAGUGACAAGGACUUACGCUUCCAGUGGUCAUGUGGGCGUUGCUGGGCUCAGUGGAUCGACUGUGUUGAGAGGCAGCUGCUCCACACAGACCAGAGGGAGCUGGUGGUUCCGUCAUCCUGCCUGCCACCGCCUGACUCUGCCGUUACCCUGCGUGUGGAGGUCUGGAGAGGCCAGGAGCUGGAGAACCUGGAGGAGGAGUGCCUCUACAUAUCCGCGCCCCUGCAACUCAGGCCAAGAGUCAGCUGUGAGAAGAACUGCGGGCCCGUGAAUGCUGGCGGAGACGUCAGGCUCAAGGUCACCCUGGGAGACGACUCUGCAGCAGCCGUGUUCAGCUGGUAUUUAGAUGAAACCCCGCUGGAGAAGGCUGAGCCACUCCCGGAGGCCUGCAGACUCCGAGGAUUCUGGCCGCGUUCUUUACUCCUCCUUGAGAGAAACACCUCCACUCUGCUGUUGAACGGCUCCUUCCCGAAGACCUGGGGCCAGGCCGCCCGAAUCAGAGUCACAGCUGUGGCCGGGCACGCCUAUGGGGAGGACACCUUUGUGAUCAGCUCCCUGCCUCCCCCGGAGGCGCCUACCUGCACCAUUGCCCCACAGGAGGGCACCGUUCUGACGAGCUUCGCCAUCUUCUGCAACGCCUCCGCCGCCCCGGGCCCCCUGGAGUACUGCUUCUGUCUGGAAUCAGGUUCCUGUCUGUACUGUGGUCCUGAAUCUGCCCUCCCAUCAGUCUACCUGCCACUUGGAAAAGAAAACAAUGACUUUGUGCUGACAGUGGUCGUCUCUGUCUCCAACCACGAGGGGGACAGACAGCAGACCCACGCAGUGGUGAAGGUGGGACGUGAGGACACCCGUGUGGAGGAUGAGGCAUUCCAGGCUGCAGUGUGGGACAAGGUCACUGCUGCUCUGCAGGGCGGGCAGGGCCCUGAGCAGCUCUUCCAGCUGGCCAGAUCCGUAUCAUCCCUGCUGGACCAGCAGUGCCAGGGGCCAGGCUCCGGGCAGCCGCGGGGAGUGGAUGCCAGACAGAAGGUCAGGGAGCGUAUCCUGGGGUCACUGGCUGUGGCCAGUGCCACGCUGGGGGACAUGCCGAGGGUGCAGGAGCUGGCUGAGGUGCUGAAAGGGGUGACUCAGCGCAGUGAGGAGCUCACGCCCUCGGCUCAGCGGGAGGCCAGCUGGGCUCUGCAGCAUGCCAGUGAGGCUCUGUUGGCAGUGAGUGCCAAGGCCCAUCCUGAGGACCAGAGGCGCCAGGCGGCUACCAGGGACCUGUUUCAGGCUGUAGGCAGCGUGCUGGAAGCAUCUCUAAGGGACAGAGCAGAAGAGCCCGCAAAGGCUAAUGGCAGCCAGACAGUCACAGUGUCCCAGCUGCUCAGAGCCGUGGAACGUGUCCAGGACACCCUCCUGCUGGGGAGACUGCCCGGGGGCCUUCCAACCACACUGGCCACACCCUCCAUCUCCGUGUAUACAAACAGAAUACUGCCGCAGGGUUGGCGAGGCUCCUCCAUGCACGUUGCUGCAGCCACCUCUGCGACCUUCACCCUGCCCGCUGCCCCCUCCCUCAGCUCCAUGGAAGACAGUCGGGAGCCUGUGGACAUAAGGAUGAUGAGUUUCCCAAAAAGCCCCUUUCCAGCCCGAAGUCCCCUUGAUGUCAGUGGAACUAUUGGUGGCCUCUCUCUGACCAGCCCCAGUGGACAGCUCAUCCCUGUGAAGAACCUAUCAGAGAACAUCGAGAUUCUGCUGCCUCAGCUUUCUGAAGGACAUGGCAAGCCAACUGUGUUGAACCUGACCAGCCCCGAAGCUUUGUGGGUGAACCUGACUUCAAGGGGAGUGGCUUUGGGGAUCCAGCUGCACUGGAGGCCUGACAUACCACUCAUGCUCAGCCUGGGCUAUGGCUACCACCCCAAUGAGACCAGCUAUGACGCCAAAGCUCACUUCCCGCCGAUGGCUGCUUCAGACGGGCUGUCCACUUGGAUCCUGAGCCCAGAGGACCUAUAUUUUGGAGAAGGCAUCUACUAUCUGGCUGUGAUCCCUGAGUCUGACCUGGAGCCAGCCCCUGGCAGGGACCUCUCAGUGGGCAUCACCACCUUCCUGUCCCACUGUGUGUUCUGGGAUGAGGUCCAGGGGACUUGGGACAACUCUGGCUGCCAGGUGGGGCCACGGACCACCCCCUCCCAGACCCACUGCCUCUGCAACCACCUCACCUUCUUUGGAAGCACGUUCCUGGUGAUGCCCAAUGCCGUCGACAUCCGCCAGACCGCUGACCUCUUUGCCACCUUUGAAGACAACCCUGUGGUUGUGACCACCGUGGGCUGCCUCUGCGUGGCCUAUGUGCUGGUGGUGAUCUGGGCGCGGAGGAAGGAUGCUCAGGAUCAGGCCAAGGUGAAGGUCACAGUGCUGGAAGACAACGACCCCUUUGCCGAGUACCACUACCUGGUGACAGUCUAUACCGGACACCGGAGGGGCGCAGCCACAUCCUCAAAGGUGACUGUCACCCUAUAUGGUCUGGAUGGAGAGAGUGAGCCCCACCACCUGUCAGACCCUGACAUCCCGGUUUUUGAGAGAGGAGGAGUGGACGUCUUCUUACUCUCCACCCUGUUUCCCCUGGGGGAGCUGAGGAGCCUGCGGCUGUGGCAUGACAACUCAGGGGACAGGCCAUCCUGGUAUGUGAGCCGGGUGCUGGUGCAUGACCUGGCCAUGGACCGGAAGUGGUACUUCCUCUGCAACUCAUGGCUGUCCAUUGACAUCGGAGACUGUGUCCUCGACAAGAUAUUUCCGGUGGCCACAGAGCAGGACAGGAAACAAUUCAGCCACCUGUUUUUCAUGAAGACCUCCAUGGGCUUCCAGGAUGGCCACAUUUGGUAUUCCAUCUUCAGCAGCUCAGCUCGGAGCAACUUCACCCGUGUCCAGAGGGUGUCCUGCUGCUUCUCCCUGCUGCUCUGCACCAUGCUGACCAGCAUCAUGUUCUGGGGUGUCCCCAAGGACCCGGCUGAGCAGAAGAUGGACUUGGGUGAAAUCGAGUUCACCUGGCAGGAAGCAAUGAUUGGGCUGGAGAGCUCUCUCCUCAUGUUCCCCAUCAACCUCCUGAUCGUUCAAAUCUUUCGGAACACCCGGCCCCGGAGAACCAGGAAGCAGAACACUGGGAGAUGGGCUGGGGGGCCCCUCGGCCCGGCCCCCUCACUACAGCCCAUGGAGGAUGGCCUUCUGACGCUGGAAGCAGUGACCAAGGAUUUGUGGAGACUCGUCAGCUCCUUGUUCAAAGCUCUGAAGGUGCCACCUCCUGGCUCCUGCUGGGACUCCGGGGACUCGAUGGACAUCAACCAACUGCUGGCCUUGGUGGAAGACGUUGUUUGUCGGCAGCACAAGCCAGGGCAGGUGUUCUGGGAGGAAGCCGGACAGAGAGGGAGCCCUUUAACACCUGCUCUUGGGUCUGCACAGGCAAAAGGUAGGUCGCAAUGUUCCACGCCCAAGGUGGGCCCAAGUGACGCUUGGAAGGACCUUGCCUACAGGCAGUGUCUCUACCUUCAGCUGGAGCACGUGGAACAGGAGCUGCUGCUGAUGGGGACCCGGGGCUACUCCCAGUGUCAGAGCCACACCCAGGCACUGAGGCAGUUGCAGACCCUGAAGGGCUACCUGGGGGAACAGGCUGGAACUCUAUCCCCAAAACACACCAGCUCCCUGCAGGCAACCAAGCCCCCUCGGGGCCUGCCCUGGUGGUGUGUCCUGGUGGGCUGGCUCCUGGUGGCGGCCACCAGCGGAGUGUCAGCCUUCUUCACCAUGCUCUAUGGCCUGCACUAUGGACGGGCCAGCUCCCUCAAGUGGCUCAUCUCCAUGGCUGUCUCCUUUGUGGAGAGUGUGUUUGUCACCCAGCCCUUGAAGGUGCUGGGAUUCGCUGCUUUCUUUGCACUGGUCCUGAAGAGAGUGGAGGACGAGGAGGAGCCUGUGGUCCCCCUUCCAGGACGUCUCUCCAGCCCAGACGCUGCCGCCUUGUUCCGAGCACGAAGAAACAGCAGAAGGGACAGCUACCACCCGCCUCUGGCCUCUGACAUCGAGAGGAUGAAAGCCACCCGCCUCAAGGAACAGAAGGCAUUUGCCUUGAUCAGAGAAAUCUUGGCCUACGUGGGCUUCUUGUGGAUGCUGCUGCUGGUGGCCUAUGGGCAGAGGGACCCCAGCGCCUACCACCUCAACAGACACCUCGAGCACAGCUUCACCCAAGGCCUUUCAGCUGUGCUGGGCUUCCAGGAAUUCUUCACGUGGGCCAACACCACGCUCCUGAGCAACCUGUACGGUCAUCACCCAGGCUUUAUCACUGAUGGGAACUCCAAGCUGGUUGGCAGUGCCCAGAUUCGCCAAGUGAGGGUCCAGGAAAGCUCUUGCCCUCUUGCCCAGCAGCUGCAGGCUUCUCUUGAUGGAUGCCGUGCGCCAUAUUCCCUGGAUGUUGAAGACUUGUCAGACUAUGGGGAAGGCUGGAAUGCAUCCAUCUUCAAUAAGAGCAAUGGCUUUCCCCAGGCUUGGCAGUACAGAAGCCAGAGCCAGCGCCGAGGGCAUCCCAUCUGGGGCAAACUCACUGUGUACCGGGGAGGAGGUUACGUGGUCCCCUUGGGGAUGGAUCGCCAAAGUGCCUCUAGAACUCUCCAGUACCUCUUUGACAACACCUGGCUGGACAGCCUGACCAGAGCCGCGUUUGUGGAGUUCACGGUCUACAACGCCAACGUCAACCUGUUCUGCAUCGUCACGCUGACCCUGGAGACCAAUGCCCUGGGAACCUUCUUUGCGCACGCGCACCUGCAGAGCCUGCGCCUGUACCCCUUCACAGACGGCUGGCACCCCUUUGUAGUAGCGGCAGAGAUCGUCUACUUCCUGUUCCUCCUCUACUACAUGAUCGUGCAGGGCAAGCUCAUGAGGAAGCAAAAGUGGUGUUAUUUCCGCAGCAAGUGGAACCUUCUGGAGUUGGCUAUCAUCCUGGCCAGCUGGAGUGCCCUGGCACUGUUUGUCAAGAGAGCCAUCCUGGCGGAGCGUGACAUCCAGCACUACCGGAAACACAGAGAGGAGGGGAUCAGUUUCAGUGAGACAGCAGCAGCCGAUGCGGCCCUUGGCUACAUCAUUGCCUUCCUGGUACUCCUGUCCACAGUGAAGCUUUGGCAUCUGCUCAGGUUGAACCCCAAAAUGAACAUGAUCACAUCAGCCCUGCGUCGUGCCUGGGGGGACAUUUCAGGCUUUAUCAUCAUCAUCCUUAUCAUGCUCCUGGCUUACUCCAUUGCAUCAAACUUAAUAUUUGGUUGGAAACUCCGUUCCUACAAAACCCUCUUUGAUGCGGCAGAAACGAUGAUCAGCCUUCAGCUAGGAAUCUUCAACUAUGAGGAGGUCCUGGACUAUAGCCCAGUGCUUGGCUCUUUCCUAAUUGGGUCCUGCAUCAUUUUCAUGACAUUUGUGGUGCUGAAUCUGUUUAUCUCUGUCAUCCUAGUGGCUUUCAAAGAGGAGCAAAAAUACUAUCAGCUGUCGGAGGAAGGUGAGAUCGUCGAUGUGCUACUGAUGAAGAUACUCAGUUUCCUGGGCAUUAAGUGUAAAGGGCAGGUGCCCAGAAGCAGCAGUGAGCAGGCUGAGCGGCUGUCAGAGGCCUGGCCCCCUCAACUGGAAUCAUCUGUGCCCCAAGUUUAAGCUGCUGGUCCACAUACCGUCAUCUGUAGAAUGGGGGAAGACCAGUACCUUGUUCCUGUGCCUACCAGUGAUUCUAUAAUGUCUCUCCAGGUCAAUAUUUUUCUGUGU